AUGGAGGAGAUAGAAGGAAGUAACAGAGCAGCUGUAGAGAGUUGUCAUAGAGUUCUUAAUCUCUUGUGUAGACCACAGCAACAAGAUCAUGUGUCCGACAGGAAUUUGGUGUCUGAAACUAGAGAAGCUGUGUUUAGGUUCAAGAGAGUGUCGAAUCUGUUAAGCAGCAGUGUGGGUCAUGCCAGGUUUAGAAGAGCUAAGAAACCUCAGACCCAUUUGUCUCAAACCAUCUUCCUUGAUCCUUGUCACCAAAGAACAGAGCAGCUUCCACCGUCUCAGAAAACACCGGUACUCCGGUCUGGUUUCCAUGAUUUGAGCUUGAGACCUACAGAUUCACUCACUUUAGGGACUCGGUCUUUCAGUUUAAACACGAAUGCAAAAGCACCUCUCCUUCAGCUUAACCAGCAGGCAAUGCCCAUUUCGACUUUUCCCAAUUUGUUUCCUGAACAACAACAGCAGUUACAUGAACGGUUGCAGGCUCACCAUCUUCAUCAGCAGCAACAGCAACAGAAACAUCAAGCUGAGAUUAUGCUUAGGAAGUGCAAUGGCGGGAUAAGUUUGAGUUUCGAUAACUCGAGUUGUACCCCAACCAUGUCAUCCACUAGGUCUUUUGUCUCAUCCCUUAGCAUAGAUGGUAGCGUCGCUAAUAUAGAAGGGAAAAACUCCUUCCAUUUGGUAGGGGUUCCGAGUUCGACGGAUCAGAGCUCACAACACUCUAAGAGAAAAUGCCUUAUGAAAGGAGACGAACAUGGAAGCGUCAAAUGCGGGAGCUCUAGCCGAUGCCACUGCUCUAAGAAGAGGAAACAUCGGGUUAGAAGAUCGAUUAGAGUGCCUGCUAUUAGUAACAAGGUUGCAGAUAUCCCUCCCGACGAUUAUUCGUGGCGGAAAUAUGGUCAGAAACCCAUCAAGGGUUCUCCUUAUCCCAGGGGAUAUUACAAAUGCAGUAGCAUGAGAGGUUGUCCAGCGAGGAAGCACGUAGAGAGAUGUUUGGAAGAUCCGGCGAUGCUAAUUGUUACUUACGAAGCAGAGCAUAACCACCCGAAAAUGCCAGCUCAAACCGUAACAACUUAA